AUGGACGCUUCAGUCGGCACGGUCUUGAUCGCGAGUCCGGGCGCGUGCAGCGACCCAUCGUCUCUCACGCCGGAACUGCUCCGAUCGCAGUCGAUGGCCGGCGAAUCCGACGAUGACUCGGCCCAUCCGACACCCGCCGCCAUGACGCCCGCCGCAACCUCCUGUCCGAGCGAGUCUUGGCCCAUCGCCAAGACGCGCAGCGAUCCACCCCACCGCGCCGAGGACGAGGUGCGCAAGAUCCACUACAUCGACUCGCCCGCCCAAACCAUAGCUCCGCCAGCUGGUCUUCCCCCUGCUACGAUUCCGACGGCUGGGGCUCCCAGUCAGGCUUCGGCUGCCCGCUCGGAACCUCCGACAGCGACCGCAGUGGCAGCGAUUCCGUCGGCCCCAGCACCCGAUCAAACCAACAGCGCUGCUCCCGCUCCCGUCGCAGCCCAGCCUACUGCGACUGCACCGUCUUCGACAGCAUCCACCCCUGCCUCGACACCGGCUGCCGCUCCGCAGACCUUUGCUCGAAAACGAGGAAGGCCACGCAAACAUCCGCUGCCUGAUCCCAACAAUCCUGCGCCCCCGAAACCCAAGCGCAAACGAAGUGCGGAUGCCGACUCAGCCUCUCUACAAAAUAAGGCUACCGCUGCCGCUGCUACCGCUUCCGCUCGGUCCGCUGCCUCCAACACCGGCUCUCUCCUCUCCGUCCCCGACCUCGGCCGACUCAUCCCGCAAGGCUCCUCCUCGGACAACGCGCAGGACUUUAUCAAAAACAACCUUCGCCUCUUUGCCGAUCUCUUUGUCGCACUGCAGAAGCAGGCCAUCACCGAUAGCUCCGGCCGAGAUGAGCCGAGCAUUGAGGCGAGCCACCCUGCUCCCACCGUCCCACUUCCUGCCAGUGGUACGUCCACCGAAGCACACGCGAGUCCGCAAACUGCCUCUGCGUCUUCCUCGACGGCAUUGCCGUCCGGCGCCGCUGCUCCACGCGCUAGCAUCUCCGCGCCGAGCGACGGUCUACGCGACGAGAUCAAGAAAAAGAUGGCCGACGUCACCAAGGGGCGCGAAGCGAUCCAGGCCGAGAUGCUCCAGAUGCGCGUCGACGCGAGCUUUUUCGAGAACGCGCAAAAGACGGUGGACGAGCGCAUCAUCAUCCUCCGCGACCGCAUCGCCAAGCACACCGCCACGCUACAGCGUGAGCGCGAAGCCACGCGCCAAGCACGCGAGGCGAGCCGCCAGGCCAAGAAGCAUCGCAAGGCAAAGCAAAAGGGCCUGCGCGACUCGGAGAGGGAAGAGCGCCGGCUCGCCCAAACCUUCAUGCAGCUCGAGCGCGAGAUCGCAGCAGAAGAGGAAGAGCGUCGGCGACUCGAACAGGCCGAAUCCAGCGCAGACGAAGAUGAAGACGGCGAUGGCGAGGCUCGUACACAUGCUGCUCAAGACAGUGCCACAGCAGGUCAGACCCACUGGGACACGCUCGAGCAGCUGCGUGCUCUGGACCCGGCCAUCCUUACCGCAAGCCCUUCCGAGGCCACAUCCAUGUCGGCCACCGCCACUCCCUCCGUUUCCAACGACACGCCCGCUGCACAGGACCGCGCCAUCGGAUUCAGCGACGAGGAGCUCGCCAAAGUCCUCGGCAUCUCCACCACCGAGCUCGCCGGCUUCAGCCAGACACUCGACAUCCCCAGCUUCCAGCCUGCUGCGCACGACGAAGGCAGCGCCCAACACGGCUCGCUGCUGGCCAUUUCCACCGCACACUCGGACCAGCCAGCAGAAAAUACGGAUGGAGCAUCUCAGGACGCCUUCGAUGUAGCCGCCUUCCUCGAAAUGGCCUCGUCACUCGGCGCUGUAGCCUCCACCGAUGCGGCUCAGCCCUCGUCCGGCGAUGCAUCUUAG